UAAAAAAAAAAGUGCCUUUUAAAAAAGUGGGGCAGUUGCAUCAAGUUCUUCUCUGCGAAAAGAAGUUCCUCCAAACAUGACCUCUAAUUCAAAUCUGUCCAACAUGCGGCGGCUCGUCGAACAACUGAAGCUCGAGGCCAGCGUGGAGCGAAUCAAGGUAUCCCAAGCUGCGGCAGAGCUCCAGCAGUACUGUCUGCAGAAUGCAGGGAAGGAUGCCCUGCUGGUUGGGGUGCCAGCAGGCAGCAACCCCUUCAGAGAACCCCGAUCCUGUGCUGUGCUCUGAGGCCCAGACAAGCCAAGUCUAUAAGGCCAAGACUGAGUGGACACAUCCAGCAGAGGCAACUUACCAAAUAAAGCUUCUUUUUUUUAAGAAUUUGGUUUAAUUUGUGUCACUUUCAUUUGCUUUUUUUAAAAAAUGUUAUAUUUGUUCUAAACAUAUACUUUUUUCUAUUGGGUGUUGAACUACUUCCUUCUUAAUGUUAUUGAAGGAAAUAUGAAAAUGUGCGAUAUGGCAAAUGUAUCUUAUCUACAAAAAUGUUUAUACGGUUAUGUAAUUACCGUACAAGUCCAUUGUUUACUUGUAUAUUGUUCGAGGGGUGCUCCCAUAAUAAAAGGGAAUUUUGUGAACUUUCCACCCAAUGCUGAAAGUUGCACAAAUCUUUCAUUCUUAAAUCAUUUUCAGGACGCAUACACGUCUCAGUCCCGACCAGCUCUCCAUUUCAGCAGAAACGUGUGACGGGGCCGUAGUGCGGAUAUCUAUGGAUUGUGCAGGGUGGAUGUUUACGGCAGGGCUGUAAUUUGCCACUUGGAGUCUUAGAAAGCCAGAGCUUCCUGAUGUUGAGACUAUGUUAGGAGCCGAGCCAGAGAGAGGAAACUAGGUCUUCCUGUUCAGAAUACCAUCACACAUUCAAGCAGACAGAAUUUCCCUAACCUGGUGGGCCACUCGUAAACGUUUGUGCUACACUGGGAAUAAAAUAUGAUUUGCCAUGAUAUAAUUUACGUGGUGGUAUGUCAACUGGAUUUUGGGAAAGAAUGUUUCUCAUUUUACUUAAAUAUGAUUAUUAUUCAGUUAUCACUGUCACUUUUUGUGAUUUAUUUAGCCCAAAAGUCUGAGUUUGUGUUUAAGAGGUUAGAGAUUGCCAAGGAAACAAAACAUCCUAUGUCAGCCCACUAAACCUCUAGCCAGUCAUGAGACAAUUCUGUGCUUGGUCACUUCCCUUUCCCCUUGGUUCACCAUCUGUGGACAAGUCUCAAUAGCUAUCCUAUUUUGGUGCCUCCUAUGCUCGCAUCCUCGCUCAAAUACCAGAGACCUCUCUCUGACCCAGCCCUGAGCUUGGCCAUGAGCAGGAUAUAUUCUGCAUGACAUAAGAAAGGGAAAGAGGAGCUGAAAUUAAACACAGAGCGUGUAUAAAGGAGAAAAAAAAAGAAUAUUGUAAGAUAAGAAAUAAAAAAAAAAUCACAUA